AUGCCACCUCAAUUAACUCAAAUCCAUAAAUCCAGCUUCCUUGGUGAAAUAUUAAGAAUUAUUGCUUAUGAUUUGGUUUUAUGGUUUUUCAAUUUAGUUUUACAUACUUUUUUCAGAGAUAUUAAAAGUAGAGGAACUUUUAAUAUACCUAAACAAGGACCGAUUGUAUUUGUCAUUGCUCCUCAUCAUAACCAAUUUGUUGAUCCUUUGGUUGUAAUGUCAAUUGUUAGAGAAUAUUCAAAUCGUAGAAUAUCAUUUUUAGUCGCUGCUAAAAGUUAUCGUCGAAAAUUUAUUGGUACCAUGUCAAAAUGGUGUAGUGCAAUUCCGGUUGAAAGAGCUCAAGAUUUACUCAAACCAGUUCCUGGUAAGAUUUUUAUCAAAAAUCUAUAUCCCAAAGAUGAGAAUGAUGACUGUAAUUUAAUUGUUGAAGGUAAAGAUACUUUUUUCACUAAAAAUUGUAUGGAGAAAGGUUUAAUUGGUUUACCAGAUUCAUUAGGAAAUGCUCAAGUUGAAAAAGUGUUCAGUGACACCAAGUUAAAAUUACGUAAACCUUUUGAUAUUAAACUGAAGGAUUCAAAAGUUAUUGAAUUAUUAACUAAUGGUACUGAAUUUAGACUGGCCCCUCAUAUUGAUAAUAACGUUGUUUUCCAAAAUGUUUUUGAUCAUUUAAAUGCUGGUAAAGUUUUGGGGAUGUUCCCGGAAGGAGGCUCUCAUGAUCGUCCUGAUUUAUUACCUUUAAAACCAGGAGUUGCUAUUAUGGCAUUAGGAGCAGCGGCCAAAAGUUCUGAUCCAAAUCAAAUGAUUAAUGUUAUACCAGUUGGAAUGAAUUAUUUCCAUCCUCAUAAGUUUCGUUCAAGAGUCGUCAUUGAAUUCGGUAAAGCAAUUAAGGUUAGCAAAGAAGAUGGAUUAAAAUAUCAAGAAGAUUCCAGAACUCAAGUUGGGAGAUUAUUAGAUUUAAUUACGUUAAGACUAAGAGAAGUUACCGUGUUAUGUGAUGAUUAUGAUACUUUAAUGGCAUUACAAGCCGCAAGAAGAUUAUAUACUCUGUCCAAACGAGAACUGAUUCCGUUACCUUUAGUUGUUGAAAUGAAUCGAAGAUUGAUUAAAGGAUAUCAAAAGUAUUCUAAAAAUCCUGACGUUAUUGAAAUGAAAAAACUGGUUAGUGAAUAUAAUAAAAACUUAAUGAGAUUGGGAUUACAUGAUCAUCAAGUUGAAAAAAUCACUAGUUCAGAUCGGUUUGAAAAUUUUAUCAUAUUCAGUAAUCGAUUAUUUAAAGUUGUUUUAUUUUUCAUCCUUAGUUUACCAGGAGCCUUAAUGUUUCUGCCGGUUUUCAUCAUUUCAAGAAAAAUCAGUAAACAAAAGGCAAAAGAAGCAUUAGAAGGAUCAGUUGUCAAAAUUAAAGCAAAAGAUGUUUUAGGUAGUUGGAAGAUUAUGGUUGCGUUAGGAAUUGCUCCAAUGUUAUAUAUUUUUUGGUCAAUUUGUGGAGUUUUAAUAAUCAAACAUAAUUUUAAUACUAAUAUUAAUGGAUGGCUAUUAUUUAUUAUAUUUUAUUGUUGGUCGGUAUUAACUACGUAUGCAAGUUUAAGAAUUGGGGAAAUUGGAGUUGAUUAUUAUAAAUCUUUGAAACCAUUGGUUUAUUCAUUAUUAUCCCAUCACUUAGAUGUUAAACAGAUUGAAGAUUUGAAAAAAAAUCGUCAAAUCUUAUCAAAUAAAGUUACAAAAUUUUGUAAUAAAUACGGUCCAGGAAUCUUUGAAGAUUUUGAUAAUUUUUACAAAAGAUACAAUAAUAUCGAAGACGCUGAUUUCAAAAUUGAAGAAAGUUCAGAAGAUGAAAUUCCUUCAACAAGACCUAAAUUCGAUAAAAACUUAUCAAAGACUGAAUCAUUUAAUUUGAACAAUUUAAGUGAUAUUCCAAUUUUCUCAAACGCAAACUUUUUAGAUCCAUUUACCAAUCACGAAGAAGAAGACGAUGAAGAAGGAGAAGAAGAACAAAGUCAUGAACACGAAUCCGAAUCCGAAUCCGAAAUUGAAGAUAUCGAUAAGCCAAAUGAAAAUGCUAGUAUUAAACUAAGAAACGCCAUGAUGAAAAGAAGAAGUUGA